AUGGCCCAGGUUGGCAUCGGAUCUCAGGCGUCUCGCCUCGCCAAGGACUUAACAUUGACCGGCCAGUCUGCCACCACAAUCCCCAAGCUGGUCUACGGCACCGCUUGGAAGAAGGAAAGAACAGCAGAUCUCGUGUAUGGCGCUCUGAAAGCUGGCUUCCGCGGUAUAGACACGGCUGCACAGCCCAAGCAUUACGAUGAACUGGGUGUAGCUACAGGUGUGAAGCGCGCCAUCGCUGACGGAAUCAUCAAGCGCCGCGAUCUCUUUAUUCAAACCAAGUUCACUGCCCCCGGAGGUCAAAACCACAUCACUCCAUAUGACCUGCAGGCUCCUCUAGAAGACAAGGUUCACCAGUCGAUCCGCUCAUCGCUCAAAAAUUUCGCCAUCGAAGGCCAAGAUUCAUACCUCGAUAGUGUGGUUCUUCACUCCCCAAUGGACACGAUUCAGGAUACAAUGACAGUUUGGAAAGCCCUCGAGUCCUAUCACCCGCACACCAUCCGCAACAUUGGCAUAUCCAACACCACCCUCUCGGUACUCGAGGCUCUUUACACCAACAUGACUAUUAAGCCAUCAGUAGUGCAAAACCGUUUUCAUGACGGAACAGCGUACGAGAUAAAGCUGCGUGCCUAUUGUAGGGACAAGAACAUCGUCUUUCAGUCGUUUUGGACCUUAAGUGCCAACCCAGCCCUUGUGAAGAGCGAGCCUGUGAAGCGAGUUGCGCAAGAGGCUGGUGUUGGAAUUGCAGCAGCCUAUUAUGCAUUAGUUAUCGGACUGGAGGGUCUUGUGAUUCUAGAUGGAACGACAAAAGAAACGCAUAUGCGCGAAGACCUGGAAGGCUUGGAGAAGGUUGGUGCAUGGUCUGAAGGCGCUGGCGCAUCCCCCUGGGCGUCUUCACUAGAUGCUUUUAAAAGGUUGAUUCGUGAGGAAUAA